AUGUUAAAUCCACAGUUAGGUUAUAAUGAUGAUGAUGAUGACGGUGUAGAGGAAGAAGGUUUAUGGACAACUCCUGUUACUUCGCCUCAGCAACAGCAACAGCAACAGCAACAGCAGCCACCAAUACAACAAACACAACAAACACAAAUAACAGCACAACUUAAUAAUGUAAAUAACAAUAACAAUAGCAAUAGUAAUAAUAGUAAUGGUAAAACAUCACCUACGAUUGUCAAUAAAUUGAAUAAUGGUGGAAAUAUACCAUCAUCAGUACAGAAAUACAAUAAUGUUGGUAAUCAACAGAGUAUAUUCAAUACUGGUAUGAUGAUGGCUAGUACCGAUGACAUCGGUGAAUCAGAUUUCGAUAGAGUUGUUAAUAUUACCAAUAAACAAAAACAACAAACACAACAUAAAUUAUAUCAACAGCAACAGCAACAGCAACAACAUCAACAGCAACAACAUUUCGAGAGUAGUGAUCCUGAAGAUGAGGAAAAUGAAGAAGUUGAUAUAAAUAAAAAGAAGAAACAACAACAGCAGCAGCAACAGCAGCAGCAACAUCAUCAACAACAGUAUCAACAAAAACAACAACAACAACAACAACAACAGCUUCAUCAACAAAAACAACAACAACAUAAGGAUGAAAGUAGUGAUCCUGAGGAUGAUGAUGAUGAAUUCGAAAUGAAUAAGAAUAAAAAGAAAAAAGCAAUGUCAUCUAGCACCAACAACAGUAAUCUAUUAAUGAGACACUCAUGGUUGUUGAGCAACGAAUCGAUCGUGUUCACCAAAGAGAAUAUUAUGUAUAAAAUGACAAUGGGAAAUGUUCAUAUCACCAACCAAAGAGUGGUUUGGGAGUGUUCCGAUGAAACUCUUCCCGAUGUUUAUUUAGAUGUUUUACAAAUCUAUCAUACUGCAAUGUCUGAAAGUCCUAGAACAAAUUGGAAGGUAUCAUGUGCUGGAAGUGACUUUUUAUUCUUCUUCCCAUCGGCAGAGGAAAUCAAAGAGACCAACGCAUACUAUCAGCAGUCUAAAAAGAAACUUUAUGAACAGAAUCCACAACUCUAUCAAAAACAUAAGCUUCAACAAAAGCAGAGACAACAAGCUCAAUCUGAACAGCAACAAGCUCUAAAGUUACAACAACAAGAACAACAACAACAAGCUCAAAGAUUACAACAACAACAACAACAACAGCAGCAACAGCAGCAGCAACAGUUACAACAGCAGCAGCAGUUACAGCAGCAACAACAAAUUAGAAAUAAUAACAAUAACAAUAGUAAUAAUAAUAUUAAAAAACCAAUAUCACCUCCAAAUGAAGCAUUAUAUCCAGCACUUAAUGAAAAUGGUGGAAGUGGUGGAGGUGGAGUUGGUAGAGGUAACAAUGGAAAUGUUCAGAGACAGACAGGAGGAGCGAAUGGAAGUGGUGGUGGUCGCAGACACAAAGCAUCGAUGGAAGACGAUUUUGUUACUAUUUCCGAGGGAUAUAAUGUCGGUGGCAAUGGUGAUAUGUCGUGGGUUGAGGAAUCGAAUGGCACCGACCAGGCGGGAUACUUUGAUAUCGAGGUGAAAGACCCACGUCAUGCGCACGAAGACGGCAAUACCUAUGUGACCUACGAGAUCGUCGGAAAGUACAAGGACGAGAAAGGACUCGUAGAUAUCAAGACACGUCGUCGUUACAAGGAAUUCGAGUGGCUGCAUCAACAGCUAUCGUUGCCAUCGAACCAGCACCACGCCAAAGUACCGACACUUCCACACAAAUCGAUGAUCCAGUUUUGGAACAAGACCGAUCAGACUGCAGUGGUAAAGCGUUGCUUCCAACUCGAUUCCUUCAUGAAGGAGAUAUCGAGUUCCGUCUACUUUAGAAAUCAUCCGGCCACCAAGGAAUUCAUGAGCAGUCGCUCCAUAACGCUACAACAGAGUACAAUAACCGACUUUAUUGGAAAUACAAUCUCACCGCACCUCGCCAACGCCGGAAUCAUUGGUAUUAACGAUCAACCAUUAGUUGAUCAAACAUUUAUAUAUAAUUCAAUUAUUGAAAGAGAUUAUUGGUUAAUUAGAAGAUUAAUGAAGAAAUGGGAUUUACUUCCAAAGAAGUUACCAUUCCCAAAGUUUUUAGUUGUUGUUUUGGGUACUACAUCGGCUGGUAAGAGUUCUUUCAUCAACAAUUUCUUUAAUAUGCAAGUGAAGCGAUCUGCAAUCGGUCAACUCGAUACUCAUUUCACAUUAGUUGAAACUAUUCCAAAAGAACAAUUUGCAUUAUUAAGUGAUAAAAUGUCUGAUAGAGAGAAAACAAAGAAAUUUACAAGAGAACAAUUAAAUGAAAAGAUAACAACGGAACCAAUGAGUGAUCCAAGAUACGGUCAUGUAUUCCUCUACAUGGAUACAUCGUAUACACUCUCACGAUAUGAUGCUCAACUCGGUCGCUACGAUGAUAUCAUCUCCAAGUAUGGUUUGGUUAGAAGUAUUCUUAUUAAUGAAGAGUAUCUUACUGGUACUCCCGAUGAAAUUAUAUAUCAAAAGAAAACAAUAUUUUUAGAUUCACCAGGUUUCGAAUCAAAGAAGGAAAACACUCAAGAUACGCUACUUGGAAAUAUAAAGAUCAUUCAAUUCUUUUAUUCGACGAGUGAUUUAACGCUGUUUAUGAUGCCCGCCAAGAACAUAUCUUUGGUGUCACCACAGAUUCAGAUUCUAGAGAUAUGCGUUAUGUAUAAGCUGUACGGGCCAGAGAUUGUCGAUCAGAUGAUCGAUGACAUCUCCAACUACGAAGAUACCAACCUUCGCGAACAGUACUUUGAACUCGGAAGACUGCUCGGAAAGAGUCUUACAUUCUUAGAUCCACCGACCUACACACAGUGUAUGGCGAUCGCUUUGCCACUGGAUCGCAUAUACAAGUCUCCCGAGGAGCGACGUAUCAAGACCGGUGAUCUCGACUCACUCCUUGCCUACAUUAGAAGUCUGAACAACGAGAGCAGCUAUCACGGUAGACUUGAGUCGGCUAUCCAAGAGAUGUCCAUUGCUCUAUUACCACAUAUACAAAAUUCAUGGAAGAAUUAUUUAGAUUUGAAUCAAUGGAUAAGCAGUGAUUCUGCUUGUGUCGACCAAAUCAGAGAUAGAUCAAAUGCCAGAGUCAGAGGUUCAUCGGCAAUGGAUAAGCGAUAG